AACAACGUAAAAUAUGUGGUGAACAAAAGGAAACAAAACAACAACCUUCGCUUACCUCUCCAAUGGCGUCUUCAGAUAUUCUUCUUCAUUCAUUGACUCUGACAAGCUUUCUGCUGAUUCUGUUCGCUGUCCCUAUAGAUUCUCAUCGUCCUCGCCGAUGUUACGAAUCGAUCAUAAGCUUUGGCGAUUCGAUUGCAGACACAGGAAACUUACUGAUCUUGUCGGAUCCAAAUCAUCUUCCUCACUUUGCUCUUCCUCCGUACGGUGAGACCUUCUUCCACUUUCCCACCGGCCGUCACUCCGAUGGCCGUCUCAUCAUCGAUUUCAUCGCUGAAUCCUUGGACCUACCGUUUGUGCCGCCCUACUUCGGAUCUCGUAAUAGAAGCUUCCUGAAGGGAAUCAAUUUCGCAGUGGCAGGGGCGACGGCAUUGGACAUUUCCUGUCUGAAAGGGAAAGGAGUUCCCAGUGACAUCACCAAUGUCAGUUUAGGAGUUCAACUGAACAUCUUCAAGGAGAUUUUACCAAGCUUAUGUUCCCCGCCUUCAGACUGCAGCGAGUUUCUCAGCAGAUCGCUGAUUCUGAUGGGAGAGAUCGGAGGGAACGAUUACAAUUACCCGUUUUUCGCGGGCAAAAACGUCGACGAGAUCAGAGAGAUGGUGCCAUUGGUUAUCAAUGUGAUUUCAUCUGCAAUUAGGGAGUUAGUCGAUAUGGGUGGCAGAACAUUCUUGGUGCCCGGAAACUUCCCGAUCGGAUGUUCCGCAGCGUAUCUGACGAUGUAUCAGACCGAAAAUAUGGAAAAAUACGACCCUUUAACCGGAUGUCUGAAAUGGUUGAACGAGUUUGCGGAACAUCACAAUGAGCGGCUUCAGAUAGAACUCAAUAGACUUCGGAAGCUUUACCCUCACGUCAAUAUCGUAUACGCAGAUUACUAUAACGUUGUGUUACGUCUUUUUCAAGAUCCGAUCGAAUUCGGGUUCAUGAACCGACCGUUAAGUGUAUGUUGUGGAGCCGGUGGUCCGUACAACUAUUCACCGUCGAGGUUGUGUGGAGAUGGAGUGCCUUAUUGCGAUAAUCCUUCAAAGUAUGUGAAUUGGGAUGGCUUUCAUUUAACCGAGCAUGCGUAUCGAUGGAUCGCUAAAGGUUUGCUCAAGGGACCUUAUGCAGAUCCCGCGUUUAACUCGUAUUGUUUCGAUUCUAAGCUUCAAAAUUCAUCGCCCGACAAGGACAUGUCUUUGAGCCUCUAGUUACUAAGGUACAAGACUAGAACACAUACUUUGGUUAAUUCUUGAGUUUGUUGUAAAGGGAUUACAAAGUUUUCUCA